AUGGGGAAAUCCCCUCGAAAUUCUCCAGUCUAUGUGCAAAUACAAACGGACACUUCAAAGUCUUUUGAUGUUGGUCCAUACGAUCGCACACGAUUUGAUCUUGUCGAACAAUUUCAUCCUCUACAAACCGCCUCUGUGGCUACAGGAGAACAACUUCAAGAAGUAAAACGUCGAGUUGCUGGCGUGAAGUCAGUUCAACCACACUUUGGUAUAGAAGACACUUCAUUUGACGAUUUAUCAAUCAAUGACGGUGACGCUACCGUUACCACAAAAGUUCCGGAUGUUAUCCGUAAGUUCUCACAACUUUCUCAAGGUUUUGAUGUUUGUUAA